AGGGCUUGUCCCCCACAGAAAACUGCCUCGUGAAAAGCCCCACUCUGCCUGGGCCCGGAUGGAAAGGCUUCCAUGGUGGCAGAUGAUGAGCCCGUCCUCCCUGUCCUACCUCCUCCUCCUGCCACUGGGUGCCUGCUUUCCUCUACUGGACCGAAGAGAGCUGGCGGAUGCCAUGGGGGGCAUCAGAGCUGGAAUGAGCCGAGCAGGCCUGGCCGAGGGACACCCACCCCACUUUGUGUGGAGCUCCUCCGGGUGGCCGAGGGUUCCACAGCCACAGGCUCUGCUUUUCAUGGCCAAGGAGCUGCAGACAUCGGGCCGAGAGCACGCCGGCUUCAGGUUCCGCUUUGGGAGGCAGGACAGCAGCGAGGUCACUAGCCUUCUCCCUGAUGACAGCGAGAAGGCUAGUGGUGGCGCACUUGGGAACCUGGCGGAGGAGCUCAGCGGCUACAGCAGGAAAAAAGGCGGCUUCAGCUUCCGCUUCGGCAGGCGGUGAAGUGCCAGGGCCUCCUGGAAGGGCCUUGCUCACGACCCCGCCCCCAUCUUCACUCCUGCUUCUCCUCCAGCUCAAACGCCAAGACACUGAGAAGGUGUCGGCAUUAUUACAAUGAAGUAUUAGCAGUAGGAUUGGAUAGGUGUGUGCUUACUUGCGAUUUCCAACUUUGCUGAAGAAAAAACUAGAUAGUGUCAAAGAGGUGACCCAAAGCAAGCCGUAUCUUGGCUGGGAAGACAAUGCCACCGUCUGUUCCAGCCCCAGCCCCCUCCUCCUCCUCUGGUGGUCUGACUCUGAGCAGUCCUCGAGCCCAGUGGCAUGGCGUGGAGGCUGCUGCAGGGCCAUGAAUAUGAAUAGUGGUGCUGGUGUGCUCGCUCCGAGUUGAAGGUAGGUGGACUGAGUGAUUACAGUGGGGUAAUCAAAGUUUUGACAGUCUCCAUAGGGACGUCUGCUGCUGACAUCCAAAGUGCAACUACGAACGAGUACAUUCUGCUGGGUACAGAGUGUGGUUCUGAAAGUUAAAAAUGGGGAAAAAAAACACCCAGUCUCAUUCUCCAUCCCAUUAACGCAAGGUCCCUCUGGCAGGAGAGCCCUGCUGUGGCGUGGAGAUGCCCUUCUGAUAGUGGUCUUUCUCCAGGGCACAAGGUUUGCCAAGCCAAGA